GUUGCCCGGACCGCCAACCAAUCUGAUGGCUGUAAAUCCAUCGAAGCGCAGCGUGACACUUCAAUUUGCCCCGGGCUACAAUGGCAAGACAAUAAUAUCCCGGUGGGUGGUCGAAGCGAUUGUCGGGAACAGCACCAUUUGGAAGGAGGUGUUCAAUAUCAGCGCUCCAAAUGCUACUUCAAUCAGAGUUGCCAAUCUCUUACCAUUCCAUAAAUACUCCUUACGAGUGAUCGCCGAAAACGCAAUUGGCCAGAGUGUACCGAGUUUGCCCUCUGAUGUAUUCGAAACCCUACAAGAUCUACCCGAGUCUCCUCCGUUAGAAAUCGAUGCUCAGCCGUCUUCAGCAACAACCAUACGUGUCACAUGGAUGGUAGAAUAACA